GCUUCGCCUGACUUCGGGUGGAGCCGAGCCGCGCCCCGCUCCGGCCGUGAGCUGGCGAGCCAUCCUGCUGGCUCUGCGGGAGAUCAUGCGGCUAAGAACAUAGCCGGCCCUGCAGCCCUCCGCAGAAAGCAGCACCACGGCUGGAAUCGAACGCGGCAGGGACCGGAAAACAGCCAUGCAGCCCGAGCAGCCACCGCCCUGCAGAGAUCAGAGCACCAUAUGAAGAGGUCCAGCGAGAUAUGAACUCUCUCAGUGCACAGAUGAAACUAACAGACAUCAAUCCUCUCCUGAGUCAGAGGAAAGUAAAAAAGUGAAGGCACAUGAAGAGAACAACACAGAGACGCCAAAAUCAGUGAAGAAGGAAGAGCUGAAAUCCAGAGGAAGGAGAAAGAAGAGAUGCUUCAAACUUAAGAGCUGAAAUUCUUUUGUAAGGCCAUUGUGAUGGACUAUGAUACAGUAGAAUAUAUAUGUAAUUCAUUAAAAGCAUGGGGGCAUGGAGCGUUCAAACGGUAGACAUGAUCAAAGGCACCCAUGCUAAAACAAGCAGAUGUUGAAGUAGCUGUGAUCCAGUAAGAAGCUUGAACAGAGAGAGAUAAGUGAUGAAGAACUUUGGCCCCAGGAAAGAUGAGGUCUUCCUGAGAUGAGAUCUUUCUUCCUUCAAGGUCUUUGCAUUUCUGUUCCCAGAGAUGAAGAUGAGCUUAGAGAUAGAUGAAAAGAAGCUUUGCUUUUGAACAGCUCAUCCUUAAAAGUGUACCCCAUUAGCCAAAGAUUGAGCUCUCGAAAACAAUUGUGGGGAAAGCUGUGAGUCGAGGGGAGGGCCUUUCACAUGGUGAACAGAUUUCCAUCUCCAGGGCAGCUGAUUCACUGUGAUGUUGAAGACACAAGAAAACUCUUUCUUAUGGAGAAGUUUCCAUGGCACGGCAAGAGACACUCUUCUCCGUCCCUGCUAGAAUUUUCAGAAAGUCCAGUUAUGCCGUGCUGCAAGAAUCUCAGCUUUUCGCACAUGCUCAUGCCCACUGGUCCACCCCAAAGCAUCACUGAACGGCUGUUGUUCUGGGAAAAAGAUCCAGUGGAGAUUCUGCUUAAUUUGGGGUUUGGUGUAGAAGAACCUGAUGUCCGCACAAAAAUCCCUCCUCGCUUCCUCAGUGGUGUUUCUGUGGCAAAAGGAUAUGAUAUCCAAGCCUUUUUAGAAGCUCAGAAGAAGCAGAUGGACAUUGAGAGGCCAAACCUAUAUGAUUCAGAUUCCAAGGAUCAAACUCUACGUGGAAAUGCUGCUGGUACUGCUAACCACUGAAUCGGCUGUGCAAACUGCAGAGUGAGUGUGGACCCAUAUGUCAACAGAAUUAAAGGCCUGGUGAAAGAACCCAAAGGACAGACUAUAACAUCCAGACCUCAUCUAGAUGAGAGGUAACCAAAGAAGCUCAAAGACGUCUGAAAAGUAGAGUCAAGCUGGUGGUAACCAGCUAACUCAAAGACUGUUUUAACUAACACUUUGGGUGGGGAGUUUGAAUCGUGUCAUUGAUGUAAUUGUCCUGUUUUAAUAAAUGGGAAUUACAAGCAUCUUUUGAGGGGAAGUACACAAGGAGCCAUAAGAGGUAUUGUUAAGGUGUGAUGUCAUAGCUUGCCUCAGUUAUCCCGGUCCUUCCCCAGGUGCCAAUCAUCUCUCCUUUCCCCCAUCCUGAUGUCUGCUGAGCUCUGUCAAUCCUGGCAUUCCAGAAGGGCGUUGAGUGAUUGGCAGAGUUCAAAAGAUGCUCUGCAUCCCUGGGGGCCAUUGGCCCAUCCAGGUGUCCCUUUCACCUGAGACCUGCCUGCCUUGCACCUGGUUUGUGGGAUCCCUACCCCUUCCUUCCCCCUCUCCCUGGGGUUAAAAGAGCCAGCAAGCACACAGUUCAGGAAGUUCUGUUAGCAC